UGGGCUCUUCCUGGCAGCCGUCGUCGUUGUUUGGAUGUAUGUACUGAGCGAAUGUACUGUGUACUACAGAGGUUUGAAUGUCGUUGUGAAGCGUAAGUAAGACGAACGUCUCACCAUCUUGUCUCCAUCCACACACAAAUUGAAAAUCUGGAAGGUAAAGCUUUCAGAUCCACUUGAUUAGUAGAACUGUGAACUCGUCUCAUUGUUAACUUCCUGAGAAGUGAGUGUAUCAUCGUAUAAGGUUACCCCAAGGCAAACACAAGUUGAAUUCCUUCGGAACUUCGGAAAGAAAGAGAAAGAUAGUAGCCAUCUUCUGGAUUGAUAAUUGGCUUCCCAAAUCAUCAUGGGCAAGGAUUAUUACAAGGUCUUGGGCGUGGCCCGAGGCGCCAACGAGGACGAGCUCAAGAAGGCUUAUCGGAAGCUGGCCUUGAAGUACCAUCCGGACAAGAACAAGGCCGCCGGGGCUGAGGAGAAGUUCAAAGAGAUCGGCGAAGCCUACGACGUCUUGUCGGACUCCCGCAAGCGACAAAUCUACGACCAAUUGGGCGAAGAGGGCCUCAAGGGCGGUAUGGGCGCCGGAGGUGGGGGUCACGGACCCAGUGCUGGUUCCACCCAGUUCGAUCCCUCGGGCAGCUUCUCGUACACGUAUCACGGCGACCCGCGCGCCACUUUUGCCCAAUUCUUCGGCACCUCCAACCCUUUUGAGUCGUUUUUCUCGAGCGGCGGCGGCUCCAUGGGACAAGGAAUGGGGGGCAUGCACGGGGGCGUGGAUGGAAUGGAUAUUGAUUUGGAAUCCCUGUUGAACGGAGGGGGCGGGAGUCGGGGGCGAAUGGGCGGCAGUCAUGCCCCGUUCCGCUCGCAAACCUUCUCCAAUUCCCGCGGCUCAAAGGAGCAGCAGGUCCAAGAUACCACCAUUGAGAAGGAAAUCCAAAUUCCGCUGGAAGAUAUCGCCAAAGGCGUGGAUAAGAAGAUGAAAAUCAGUCGCCGAGUCUACGAUCAGACGGGUAGCUCCAAGGUGGAAGAGAAAGUGCUCACCAUAACCGUCAAGCCCGGCUGGAAAGCGGGCACAAAGAUUACCUUUGCUCGCGAGGGCGAUCAAGUUCCGGGCAAGAUCCCGGCCGACAUUGCCUUUAUCAUCCGGGAUAAACCGCACAAGUUCUUCACUCGGGAUGGGUCCAAUUUGGUGUAUCGUUGCUCGAUUCCUUUGCGCGAUGCUUUAUGCGGCACGGUUGUCCAAGUGCCGACCUUGGAUGGACAGACCAUGGGCGUGAACUGCCAGAGCGAAGUCAUCAAGCCUACCACUGUGAAACGCUUGCAAGGGUAUGGAUUACCUUUUCCCAAGGAACCGUCGCGCAAGGGUGAUCUGGUCGUGAAAUUUGAUAUCCAAUUCCCUGACCGGCUCAGCCAGAGUUCGAAAGAUAUCCUGUUCGAUGUCUUGGGCAAAUGAAAAGACCACACCAUUACUACCACCACUGUUACAACAACAACAACAACAACAACAACUCACCCAGAGCACUAUCUCUUCGAGGAUUCCUUCUUGUCAGAACCCGUCGACUUUGAUGAUGAAAGAAAUGUUUUCAACCAUAAUUUGUGGUCUGAGUAUAUAGUUCCAUACACAUUUGUCAUGUCAUGGUCGUCCAAAUUUUAUAAAGAGUCAAAUCUAAUAAAAAAGAAUACUUUAUAUAUCUCAA